CCAUGUAUUGUCUUCAUGGAGAGGCCAACAACCACCUCCGCGAUGAGUUUGUUAAGGAGUCGUCAUCGAAGUCAUGCGACGGCGACGUGUAUCCUUCGUCCCGGAUGAUACCAAGCAUGAGCUGCCGCGCCGGGGGCCUAAGAAUCACCUCCCAUGGCCCCACCGACGCAAGCCCCCUUGCAAGCAGCAGGCAGCCCACAGGCUCCGGGGGACGAUGACAUCUGUCUGCGUCGUGACUUGUCCCUUUGGAACUCCGCCACCACCAGGCGGCGACAACUGGGCGUGCAAACUCCCCACCCCACCUUCGCGACGUCGUCUCCAGGUGAGCCAUCCAAUGGCGUGGCGGAAGCCCACGGGGAACCCUUGUGGAGGCCGGGAGUCCCAUGUGGUUCCCCGUGGUCUCCUGUGACCCCACCGUCACCGUAAAGAGUUCGUCCCUCCUACCCCCUCCGUUCUUACGUUGUCCGGUGGCGUUUCUGCGAGCUGGACUCUCUCUCUCUCUCUCUUUCUCUCUCUCUCUCUCUCUCUCCUACUGCCACUAUAUAGUCUUGCGACUGCUGGUAGUCCUGGUCGCCGAAGCAAAUAACACUUCAAGCUGUCGCUCUCCGCCAUGACUCAGUCCUGUAUCCGACUCUCCAACCAUGUCUCUGCCACCCAUCCUCGCAAGUUCCGUCGCUCAACCACUGGGUGCAGGAACUUCCUCUCUCCUUCCGUUGCUGUUCCUAAAGAGUUGAGCAGGAAGAACGACGCUCCACACACGCCUCCUCCUCCUCCCCCUACUCCACGACCGCCGAAAGCUCCUGCGGAGCACCCGACUCCCAUUUCUACUGUCGCCCCUCUUAACCCGGUGCAGAUAGUUGUCGCUCGUACCAUCGACGCCAUAGAAAGCGGCAUCAUUGUCAAGCUGGAAAAGAGACGGCCUCUCCCUCGGUCCGCAGACCCCGCGGUGCAGAUCUCCGGGAACUUCGCACCAGUUCCCGAGUCGCUGCCCGAGUAUGGCAUCGAAGUGGUUGGCCGUAUCCCGCCGGAUCUUCAUGGCGUGUAUCUACGAAACGGUGCUAACCCGAUGUUCACGCCGACCGGUGGGCAUCACCUCUUUGAUGGAGACGGCAUGAUUCACGCGGUCACGCUCUCGGGUCCGACGGAGGCAUCUUACGCCUGCCGGUUCACCCGCACGAGCCGCCUGUCACAGGAGGCAGCCAUCGGCCGGGCUGUCUUCCCCAAGGCCAUUGGGGAGCUCCACGGGCACACGGGGAUUGCUCGGCUCGCUUUCUUCGUCCUCCGAGCUGCUGCCGGAAUUGUCGAUCUCACAAAGGGAAGCGGCGUGGCUAAUGCUGGGCUCACGUACUUCGGCGGCCGCCUUUUGGCCAUGUCAGAGAACGACCUCCCGUACCACGUACGUCUCACCCCGGAUGGCGACCUCGAGACAGCCGGACGGUUCGACUUCUCCGGCCAGCUCAACUCAACGAUGAUCGCACACCCAAAGAUCGACCCCUUAACAGGGGAACUGUUUGCACUGAGCUACGACGUCGCCCGCAAACCUUACUUGAAGUACUUUCACGUCGACUCCAAAUCCGGUAAGAAGUCUGCCGACGUGGCCAUCAACCUCAAGCAACCAACGAUGAUCCAUGACUUUGCGAUCACUGAGAAUUACGCCAUAAUUCCCGACCAACAAGUCGUGUUCGAUCUAAAGCAGAUGCUGCAUGGCCGCUCGCCAGUCCAGUGCGACGGGCGGAAGACACCGAGGUUCGGUGUGCUCCCCAGGUACGACACUGACGUGUCAAGGAUCCAAUGGAUCGACGUGCCCGGCUGUUUCUGCUUCCAUCUGUGGAACGCGUGGGAGGAACCUUCUUGCGGCGGCGAUGGACGAACUGUGGUGAUCAUCGGGUCGUGCAUGUCGCCGCCGGACGCGAUAUUCUCGGACGAGGACGACUCGCGGCCGACGCGCAGCGUGCUAUCGGAGAUCCGGCUGGACCUGGGGACCGGACAAUCGAGCAGGAGGGAGAUCGCGAACGGAAUGAACCUGGAGGCGGGUCAAGUGAACCGUGACCGACUCGGGAGGAGGACCCGGUUCGCGUACCUUGCGAUGGCGGAGCCAUGGCCCAGGUGCAGCGGGGUGGCGAAGGUGGACCUGGAGACGGGAGAAGUGAGGCGGUUCGAGUACGGACAUGGCCGGUUCGGGGGAGAGCCGACGUUCAUCCCCGCCCGGCGCGGGUCCGAGGAGGACGACGGCCACGUGGUGGGGUUCGUCCGCGACGAGCGGAGGGGCGAGUCGGAGCUGGUGAUCGUGAACGGGUCGACAAUGGAGCUGGAGGCGACGGUGAGGAUGCCGUCGAGGGUGCCGUAUGGGUUCCAUGGCACGUUUGUGAGGGCAGAUGAGCUGCGCGGGCAAAAGUAGGGUCGGGUUCGCCGGCUCAAUCAACAAGACGGUCCACGAAAACCGAACCGUCUCGAGAUGUCGAUAUGGUUGUGGUAAUCAGCUGCCCGUAGCUUGUUAUGGGUGUCAUACAUGGCCCUGUACUUGGAUGGUGAGAUUUAGGAGCUUCAUGUAUAUAGUUCUUGUGUCAACGGAAUAUUGACUAUGUUUAAUAUAAAUUUUACGUAGCCUUUUUUAAGUUCA